UCUGUUCAGUACCUAAUUGGGAGUUAAGCAGCAAACUUUUAAGUGGGUCACCAAAUGUGAUGGGUGGAUCUAUUAGUCCACUGUUAUGAAUACGCACUGAUCCCUCUUCUGAUCACUGUACCCUGAGUUUCAGAGCAGACAUGCUUCUGAAGCUUUCAAAUUCAAAAUUCAACAUAUGGCACUGUAUGAUGGGCUUGAAGACAUGUUCCCUAGGGUGUAAUGCAAAUAUUAUAUUGGCCUUGAUAUCAUUGGCGAGUUGGUGAUGAGUUGUAAUCAUUUGUGGGCAAUUUAGUUUGAAAAGGGUUGAUUUUUUAUUAAAAAGGCUGCUAAAUUUGGCAACAAACAAGAAUUAAGGCAGGGAUGUUUAUUCUAGGUAGGCCAGUUACUCACAUUGUGUAAUACAAAAAUGAAUUUGUGUGAACUGUUGUCAUUUGGACUAAAUCUGACUGAACAGUCAAUUGUGAUCACUUUUUUGGAAAUUUAUAAAAAAAUGGGCUCAUGGUCUGUGAAACUGGGUCCUAGGGUCAGCUCAUUGGAAGUGAAUUAAGUGGAUGCCAUACCAAGGGGUGGGGAUAGUAAAAAAUAGUAACCACGCUAUUUGCAGAUAUGGUUCCAAGUUACUGGCCCAGCUGGACUGGAGAUGUUUCCAUCAGGUAUUACGUAAUUAUUAACCAGCAACUUUUUUAUUUCUAAAAAUUGUGAUUUAUUUCUGUCGUCUUACAGUACCUUUACAAAUGGUUUGAUAUUUGUUUUCCCCUCCUCAAAAAUAAAAUAAAAUAAAAUGAAAUUAAGAAAGAAAAAGCAAAAAAUAAAGACCCCUUACCUUUCCACAAAAAGUUUUUUAUACCAUGCUUGCUACCUUCAAUUAAGUGCAUUUCAAGUACAAGUUAGUCUUAGAAGGUUUUAUGAUUGGUCUGUUAAUGCUUAAGCCUUUAUUUUGUUCUCCAUUGUUAUUAAUACUGACAAAAUGACAAAAUUAAUAACUUGGCAAUUACUUAAAAACCUGUUUCAUUUGGAGAUUUGCUGCUGAGACUUUGUGGGUUUCCAAACAUCUUGAUCAGAUUGAAGUGCAGCUCUGUGUAGAUUUACAUGCAAAACUGCAAGUUGUGAGUUCAGUAAAAUAUGGCCUUUGAGAUAAAAGUUAUGGCAACCGUGAAGUGAGGUAGGUAUAAACUUAAGGCAAGUUUUGAUUACAAGGAAAUGGUGCCCAGUUACUAUAAAUCUUUAUCUGAGGAAAGCAAUCUGAUUUCAGAUUGUGUAAUAUAAUGCAGGGUGUCGCCAAGUAAUUGUUUUCAAGAAUGGCUUGGAUUUUAUUUAAAACAUGUCAAGAAAUUGUAUUUGAUCAUUAGUUAAAAUAUCUCGAUGUUGUUUCUCUAAGUUCCUGGCCACUUGUCAUAUUUUGUUAUGACCAAUUGGAAUGGGACAUUAACUUUGUUGAUUCUUUAUGCUAAUAACUGAAUGUGACCAACAGGUUGCAGGUCAUUAUAACCUUUGAUUAAUCACAUAGAUUAAAAUGUAAUAAAACCAUGCACUUCAUUUGAGACUAAAACCAUAGAAGUGAACUGAAGUUUUGCAAGCUGAGGCAGGAAAUGUAUUGUGUAAAACAUCUGUUUUAAAAGUAAGAUUUUUGCAUGCUAAAUUGUAUUUAAAAGUAGUUGAUCAAAACAGGAUCUUGUCAAAGGCCAAGGAUCCAUUAUAGAUUAUGGACAGCAUACCUGGACAAAAAUAGCCUUUUUUUUUUCAUCUCCUGUUCUAUAGAAUUAUACUACGUAUGUGGUUAGCUAUCUUAACAGCUCUCAUUGUUAUUGGUGUAUUGUGCGACUGCCCUGGGAUAGGUGAUAUGCUUUGUCGGUCUUCAAGGAAAAAAAAAAGACGAAAAUACUAAAAGAAUGGCACGUUUCCUGUCAGGAUGGAAGGUUAUAAUACAGCUUUGGAACCAAAGUCAUCCCUUGGGCUUUUUUUGGUUGUGAUCAUUUUAUUUUCGCAUUCGUGAAUUGGCCCAGAUGUUUAAAUAGAUUUUAUGUGCAGGACAUGACUUUCCUUAUACAGUGUACAUGUGAGAGAUAUUAUAACUCCAAGGAUAGCUUUUUUUCUUUUGGUUUUCAAUAUAGGAAUGUUGAAAAAAUGCCUUGGAUUUCAGUUUUUCUGAAUUUUAAUUUAUUUUGAAAAAAAAAAUGGCUGCAGAAGGAAUACUUGGUGUCAUCAUGAUAAAAAAAAUGAAGAUGGUGGUGUCAGUUGUUUUUUAAAGAUCAAUAUUGCAAUAUUGAAACUAAUAGAAUUGAAAAAUGACACCAUGAAUAAUUUUGUAUAGAGAAGGGAAAUUCUAUAAAAAGUCCCAAAAACAGUUAAAACUAGUUUACAUUUUCCUUUUGUGACUGAACUGUUAAGGGUAUAUAAGUGUGUAAUUUUGAGAUUUCAUCAAUAGAUCUUCAAUUCAUAAUCAUUUUAAUUUUAAGUGGCAAAUAUUUUGUAAGCAAUUAAGAGUUUGAUAAUCUUGAUUUACAUUCUGUUGCUGUUUUCUAUUAAAAUGAUGAAAUGUUAAUGUACAAAACAUGAUACCAUAGAAAAGAAUGAACCAAGGCUUUAUUUUGAAAGCAAAAAGCACUUCUUUUCCUCUUUAAUGAUACAGUAUCUUGAGCAAAUUUCUCCUUCCGUGUGGGAGAAUUGUUGCAGGAGAUGAAAGGAAAUUCAAGACUAAAUACAUGUGGACUCUAAAUCAACUUGAAACCUUUUGCAUGUUGUUUACCUACACAUAUUUUGACCAGCUCAUUUUGUUAAAUGGAAACACAAACUUGUAUAAGAUUUUUAAAAUUUUGGUUAUAUUUACUACAUUUUUCUUCACAGAUACACCACACUUUGUAUAAUGCCCAUAUAUAAUGGUUUUUAUAAAAUAAUUUUUUUUAUAAUCAACUAACCAUACUCUGCCAGAGGCUUUGGCAUACCUGUUAAGUAAUAAUUGUAUGAAAGUUGGCACAUGGCCCAAUAUCCAAUUUAUUAAGUUAUGGAUCCAUCUUACAAAGGAACUCCAUCUAUAAGAAUGAAAAAUAAAUAUGCUUACAAGAGUCUAGUUUGUUCAAAUACCAUGCAGUAUUGUACUGAGGACCCGAAUCAACAAAGAGGGUAUAGGUGCUCAGUGAAGGCCGAAUAAUACAAUUCUAAGGGGGAGAAUAAUUAAGGAUGAAGGACUCUGUUUAGCUUUGAGAAAGUCACAGGAUAUUCUCAAGUGGAGCUUGGGUGUCUCGCGCCUUGCCUGUUACAUUCUCUGCGACCAUGAUGACAAUCCUGCCCGAAGCUCACAGUUUGGGGAAGGGAUUAGAGUGGUGAAUACAGUAGAGGAAAGGGCAGGGAUUGGAGAAGUGGACUAUGUCAUACUUAGACUAUUUUAGAGGCUAGUCUCAUGUCGUGAAAGUUGGAUUUAUCUUUACCAACAUGGCAACUACUGGAGACCAUGUUAGCAAGGGUCGUCUAGUGUGGUUUAGCGCCGGGUCAGGGUACCCAGUACCAGGGGAAGUGACUGACUACGAUCCUACAAAUCACAUUAUUACUGUCAGGACUUCAUCAAAGACCGGAACUGAGGAGGUGUUUCAAGUGUCAGGGACCACAAUGGCUGCCGUUGAACCAAGAGAAGAACUGGGGGAGGAGGGGGUAGAUGAUAUGAUUACAUUAAAUGACCUGAAUGAGGGAUCAUUACUGUGGAACUUGAAGAUCAGAUAUGAGAGGGAACAGAUAUAUACCUAUGUGGGCAGUAUACUGGUUGCUGUGAACCCAUACAAGAUGUUUGAUAUGUAUGGUCUGGACAGAGUUAAACAGUAUGAAGGACAAGUCAUGGGAACUCUGCCUCCACAUUUGUUUGCCAUUGGAAGUGCAUGCUACAGCAAGAUGAUCAAGGAUGAGCAGAAUCAGGUGGUAGUUAUCAGUGGUGAAUCUGGAGCAGGGAAGACAGAAAGUUUUAAACUGUUGAUGCAGUACCUGGCUGCUGUGAAUAGGUCAGGCAAUAACCUUAUCACAGAGCAGAUACUGGAAGCUACACCCAUUCUUGAAGCAUUUGGCAAUGCCAAGACGAUACGCAAUGACAACUCUAGCAGAUUUGGAAAAUACGUGGAGGUUUAUUUCAGUGUUGGAAAAAUUAAUGGUGCCAGAACAUCAGAAUAUCUCUUAGAAAAAUCAAGAAUUGUUACUCAGGCUGAAAAUGAGCGUAACUACCAUGUGUUCUAUGAGCUGUUGGCAGGACUACCAAGUGGUGACAGAGAGAAAUAUGGGCUGCAGAAAGCCAACAAAUACUUUUACUUAAACCAGGGAGGGAGCUGUGUCAUUGAUGGAAAAAAUGAUUAUGAGGAUUUUAAGAGUCUGUUACAAGCCUUUGAAGUGCUAGGCUUCACCAAGCAGGAGCAGGAUAGCAUCAUCAAAAUCCUGGCAUCAGUUUUACACUUGGGAAAUGUCUACUUUGAAAAGAAACAGGUAAAUGACCAGGACACUGUGGACAUUGGCAGUGACGCGGAGGUCAAGUGGGUGUCUCAUCUCCUGCAGCUGUCUCCAACAUGGCUCAAGGAAGCACUCACCAUGAAGGUCACGACUGCACGACAGGAGAGAUUACUUACACCAUUUAACAUUGACCAAGCAUUGGAUGCAAGAGAUGGCAUUGCUAAGGCUCUGUACUCUGCCCUCUUCACCUGGCUGGUGGACAGAAUCAACCAUACUGUCCACAAGAAACAAGGGAAGGGAAAGAAGCACACUUCUAUUGCAAUACUGGACAUCUUUGGUUUUGAGGAUUUCAAGGUGAAUGGUUUUGAGCAGCUUUGCAUUAACUAUGCCAAUGAGACUCUCCAGUACUAUUUCAACCAGCAUAUCUUCAAGCUGGAGCAGCAGGAAUAUGCCAAGGAGAGAAUACAAUGGGAUAGCAUUACCUUCACAGACAACCAGCCUGCCAUUGACAUGAUUGCCAGGAAACCCAUUGGAAUCCUGCAUCUUCUUGAUGAUGAGAGCCAUUUCCCAAAGGGUACAGAUCAGUCUUUUCUGGAGAAGUGCCACUACACUCAUGCAGACAAUGAGCUGUACUCCAAGCCAAGGCUUUCUAGCCCUGUGUUCUCUAUACGACACUUUGCUGGCAAAGUCACAUAUGAUGUGCGGAACUUUUUGGAGAAGAACAAGGACACACUUAGAAAUGAUGCAGUCACAUUGUUGACUACCAGCAAAAUGGAGUUGAUUUCAGAAAUGUUCAAGCAGUUAAGAGACAAAUUUAUUUCCAAGCAAGUCAACCAGCACAAUGGCCGCUACAUUGCCAUGAAGCCCAGAACCCCCACUGUGGCAGCCAGCUUCCAUGAAUCCCUGACAAACCUCAUUGACAAGAUGUCCAAGUGCAAUCCAUUCUUCAUACGCUGCAUCAAACCAAACAAUACCAAGGCUGCCAUGCAGUUUGACAUCCCGGUGGUACUGUCGCAGCUGAGGUACACGGGCAUGCUCGAGACUAUACGCAUUCGCAAGCUGGGGUAUCCUGCACGUAUGCGCUUCUCCAUGUUCUAUGAAAGGUACUGGUGCCUAAUAGAUCACAGGAAAAUCCCAGUCAACGUGGACCACAGAGGAAAGUGUGAGCUGAUAUUGUUGGAGACCAGAGCUAUGGAAGUAGAAAAAUAUCAGCUAGGACUUUCCAAGGUUUUUAUGCGGGAGUCCUUCAGUCAGCAUAUGGAGGCACUGCGCCAUGAGAAACUUGCUGCCUCUGUGCUGAAACUCCAGCGAUAUGUGCGUGGUUACUUAUGUCGGAGAAGGUACAUGAAAAUGCGUGUGGCUGCAGUCAGACUGCAGGCACACCUCCGUGCAUGGAUGAACAGAACGCGAUACCGUAUCCUGCGAAAGGGCAUAAUAAAGGCACAGGCGCAGUAUCGCAUGAGACUGCAGAGGAAAAGAUACCUGGCCAUGCUUGCAGACCAUAAACAUAAGAAGCAAGAAGAGCAACGGAAAAUCAAAAUGGCAAAGGAAAAGAUUGAAAAGAAGAUUACUAGUUAUCCGUCAGCAUCUGAUCCCAUUAGGCGGCAGCAGGGACAACUUGAGGAGGAAGAAGAACGUUCUGCCCGAGCAGUGGCAGGAGUGGCCCAUCUGGAAAUCCCACCAGAGCUGGCCUUCAUCUUUAGCAAGUUAGAUGGAUGGCAACCACUGCAUACUGACAGGAACCUGAUCAAAGUAGUGGGGCAUGUGGAGCCAAUGAACUUCCAGUUUUCACUUCCUGAUGACAUCAAUUCCUUUGUCUUCACCAAGUAUACCAAGGCUUACUUUAAGGACUAUGGAUGGGGCAUGAGGAAAGAACCCAUCAAAUCACCAUUUCUUCCCAAGUCAUCUGAUGUGGACAUCAAGGAUUCCAUGGCAAUUUUCAAACUGAUCUUGAGAUUUAUGAAUGAUGUCAAUCUGUCAGAAAGAAGAGAGUGUGUUCUUGCUGAUUAUAUUGUCCAGAAGGGCCUGAUAAAUCUGCAACUUCGAGACGAGAUAUACAGUCAGCUCUGCAAUCAAACAUGGAGGAACCCAAGCCAUGCAAAUUCAGAAAGAGGCUGGCUGCUCAUGGCCAACUGUCUGAGUUGUUUUCCUCCAAGUCCCAAUUUGUCUAAGUACUUACUCAAGUAUGUGUCUGACAAUGCUUACAAUGGUUACAAGGCAUUCUGUCAGUCCAAACUGCUCCAGUGUAUUGAUAUUGAGCCCCUGGUCUGCAGGUACUACCCACCCUGCAUGCUGGAGUGGAAGGCCACCAAGAAGAAAACCAAUAUGGCCCUGGAGGUCAAGUUUGCUGAUGGACAAUACAUGAUAGGGCAUGUAGACUCAUGGACCACAUCUGAAGAAUUUGUCUGCAGCCUACUCAGAUCUGGGAGACACAUAACAGAUGGGAACCAUGGCUGGACAUUAAUAUUACAAGAUGAGAAUGAGCAGUACGAGUUGGCUGGGCACGACUAUGUACUGGACAUAGUCAGUGAGAUGGAGAUUCCACCAGCCUUCCCAGUGUGCAAGUCUUUCUUCUUGGUGUCCACUGAUCGAUCCAAAGCAGUGUCACCAGCGAGAAAAGCAGUGUUUGCUGGAACGCCUCACAAUACAGACUAUGACAGAAGAAUAGACAUAGAAGUUGAGGAGCUGACAGAACCUAUACCCCAGAACCUUCCACCUCCACCCCCAGAGCCCACACCUCCGCCUCCACCUCCACAAGUGCGACGACCACGUCCUCCAAGUCCUAUUCGUGAGGAACCAUUGGAAGUGGAGAUACCAGAGCAACCUCCUGUUCUUCCUCCACGCAGAGAGCACUCCACCAAAACAGCAAUGCCAGCUGAAAAGGAAAUCGGCCUGUCCAGAACAAGUGUUUUGAAUAGGAGACCUACACAAGUUAGAGCAAACGAGCCCAGUUUAGCUGCUGCUAGUGCUCUGAAUAGACGCUACACAAAUGCCCAAGUGCACACACCACCUCCAGAUAUGGAGAGGAGUCCACCACGGGAUGAGCCAGACUCUGCCCCUGAUGAUGUGCCACUAGCUGCAUCAAGACUGAAUCAGAGGUACUUGGUGGGAUCAAAGGUCGUGAGAAGACCUUCACAGAAAGAGACCACAACACCAUCUCCUCCUCGCUCUCCAACGAGACCCCCACCCCCCUCCCCCUCUCCCCCACCCCCUGUACCUCCACAUGGUAAAGCACCACCUCCACCCCCUCCUAUACCAAAUGGCUUACCAAAUGGUCUCCCCAAUGGCCUGCCCAAUGGGAACGGACAUAUUCCAAAUGGACAUGGAGUAAAUGGGGACGUUGAGGAGGAGAACAAUAACGACAUGGGCCUGUCCUCCAGUAAAUUGAAUUCUAGAUACAUGAAACGUGCCAGGCAGGUCGCACAAACCCGCGGCCUCGACCCCACAAUGACAGAACUCAUUCUGAAACACCCACGCUUUAGCUCGGCCAUGUCUGAUAUCUCUGAAGGCGCUGGCACCCAGGUUACUGUACCAACAGAUGACAUGGACCGCUGGCUGGACCGUGUGUUUGAUAAAGUACUAGAAAGCUCCAGUAUUGAUAACCUCAGUGAUGUUCAGUCAGUGGCUAGGGUAAUAAAAGGGGGAGCCACCAGCAACAAUGGGCCUAUCAGCCCAUCUACUGAAUUGGACUGCUGGCUGGAUAACAUGUUUGAGGAGGCUUUGGGUGAUGUGGAUGCCCUGAGUAACCCGCGGACACUGGAGAGGGCACUGAAAGGUGGAGGAGAUGGCCUUGGCGAUGUACAGACUCAGCCCCAGGUGGCCCCAGGUGGAAUAGGCAAUGUUGGCAUGGCACCAGGCUAUGGUCUUGGUGGUAUCAACCCUGGGUUAGGCCUCAAUCCUGGCCUAGGUCUGGGAGCAGCUGGCCUGAACCCUGGCCUUGGCCUAAACCCUGGCCUCAGCCUAAACCCAGGACUUGGUUAUGGUGCAGGCAUCGGCUUAAAUCCAGGCUUAGCAGGAAAUCUUAACGCAGGACUUGGCUUAGGAGUAGACCCAACACAGCAACUUCUACUGCAGCAGUUAGCACAGCAGCAGCAGCAACAACAGCAGGUCGCAUUACAACAGAUGGCAGCACAGCAGCAGCAACAAGCCACUCUCCAAGCCUCUCUUCAGCAAACCUACCUACAAAACCAGCUUCUCUCACAAAGUGUGCAGCAGGAAAUGCUGAAGCAGCAGUUACGGCAGCUGCAGUCGCAGGGUUCGGGCACCACAGGGCAGCCAACUGGCUUACACCUGGGUGCAGCGCCACCACCAGCACCUGCACCAUUUAACUUGGAGCCACAGCCCAGCACAUCUGCCCAGGGAGUAGGGCCAGGAGUCCGAGGAGUCAGGGCACAGUUUGAGAAAAAGCGACCUGCACCAGGGCCGCCCAAGACACAAGUUAGCAUCACAGGGCGUACACCUGCUGGUGCUGCCUCACGAGGAGUGAAGUUUUCUGAGGAUGUCCAGCAGAUUCCAAGAGAUUCAAUACAGGAAGAAGAGGAUGAUGGUGAUGGUGCAGCACCACCUCCAGCUGUACCUGGGUCACCACGUAUGCGCCAGCGGCAUGUUCCUGUGGCAUCUACAUCUUCCAUUCAGCCCUUAGUGAUACCACCGCCACCACCACCACCACCACCACCACCUGCACUGCAGUCACCACCACUAGCACCACCAGCAGCACCUUCAACACCACCAGUGGUGGAGCCACAGUCACCGCCAGUGCAGUCAGGAUGGGAUGUAGAAAGAGAAAACGUAACAACAUACACCAGUACAGUGAGUGACGAACCAACAGAUGGGAGAGCUAAAACAGUUCGCAUUGGGCGAGUACGAUGGCCACCUCCAAGGAUGGAAUCACAGAAAGAAGAGAAAAAGAUUGGUAGACUAUGGAUAGAAGAGCACAAGUCUAGUUCUUUAAAACAGGCCAGAUCUAGAGCAGAUGCACAUGCGCAUGCUAUGGCAGUGAUUAAGUCAAUGAAUAAGGAGAAGGAUGAAUCAAAGCCAAAAGGGCCAAAGGAACCAACAGAGACCCCCAAAUCCUCCAAGGACACCCCUAAGCUGAGGUCCAGGGUGUCCUCUAUGGAAGAAAAGAUCAAGUUGCUGGAAAAACAGUUUGUCCCCAGAGGGGUGGACAAAGUUGAUGCCGGGGUCAGUGUCCAGACCCCUUCCCUGACCCAAGCACCACCCCCGCCACCAGCACCCAAGGCUCAGCCACCCCCACCCCCAGUGGCACCCCCCGUAACACUAACACCAACACCCAAAGUCAAAGAUGCCCCCAGUCCUGCCUUGGAUGUCCAUUUGGUUACUGAUCGCGAGCUGGAAGAAAUCAACACAGUUCUGUUUGAACAAAUAAAGAACCCAUUUUACUGCUACACCAGGGUACCAUGGCAACUCCAUGUUAGGAAGGAGGUGUUCUCUCCCAAUGAGAAGUUAGAAAACCCUGCCCUGGUGACUCUAGUGUUCUGUCAGAUUGUAAUAGAUAUUCACAAUGAUGCCUGCAUUAGAAUAAACAAGGAUGAGAAGAACAAGAUGAAAGCCAUUCUUGGUGGUUAUGGUAUUACCCUAGAAAACAUGACCUCCACCAGCCACAAGAGCCAUGUGAAGAAAAAUGUGGUAGACUCGGCCAGGGACUGGCCUCUUUAUUUCUCCAGGCUCUUUCCUGUCUCUUUUAGUGGCACCAUGAAUGCCAGAGGAAGACUGGGUGGUCACCGUAUGCCCAGUGUUCAGCUCCUUGCUGUUGGUCACUCUGGGGUCAGGCUGGUCAAGAGGGUCAAAGGAAUCUUUGUGGAUAGCCUGGAAGUCAUUGAACAUUUUAGGUAUGAAGACAUUGUAGAAGUGAGUGUUCCUCGUGGCAGCACACUACAGUUGAAUAUCAGGGGGCGAUGGCUGAUCCUGUAUACUCAUCGGGCAAAUCAAAUCCGUCACAUGAUCAAUGCUUUCUGCAUUGAAAGUGAAUAUGGCAAUAGCUAUGUACGUGCAAUCAAGGACUAUGUCACCCAUGAGUCCACUCUAUUGAGCUUUAAAAAGGGAGAUUACAUCAAACUUAGCACCAAAGAUGUGCAUCUUUCCAAAGGCUGGUUAUAUGGUAGUAUUAACAGCCGCAGUGGCAUGUUCCCAGUGGAAUAUGUCAUACCAGUCAGUAGGAAUGAACUCAAAAGAACUGGAAGUCUCAACCUGAAGCCACCUGCUCCAGCGCCACCUAUUCAGAGACAGCCAAGUAUACAGAGGAGUACAAGCAGAGAUGAUGCCAGCGAUGGCAGCCUAGGCAGUGUGCGUGCUCCGCCUGAUGGGCGCUUCUCCAUGUUAGAGUUUGCCAUAAUGCACUUCAGAGAGUCCCUUGAUAAGUAUCAAAUGUUACGUUCUGAUGACGGCUCCAUACGAGGCACCCUAAAAUUGCUUGAAAACCUCAAGUCUCAUAGCUUGCGCAAGAAACGAGGUGGUGGUCUUGACUGGACGUGGAAAGAACAAGCUGACAUGGUCAAAUGGACAAAGUCCCCUAUCCAAGCUUCCUUGCUGAAAGCCAAGACUCCCCAGUUCAACAAGAUGGCUUUGGAAUGUUUUAUAGCUGUGAUGCAAUAUAUGGGUGAUUAUCCACUGCCGCGAGACAAGACCCCAGUGGACUGUGUGAACCAGCUGCUGAUGGCCUGUCAUUCACACCCAGACCUGAAGGAUGAGGUCUACUGUCAGAUUUGUAAACAGACCACCAAUAACAAGAGCAGUAAACCUGACAGUUGUCAACAAGGUUGGAGACUGCUCUCUAUAAUGACUGCUUGGUUUGACUGCACUGAUGCAUUGAGACCAUACUUGAUCAAGUAUAUACAGAGUGUGGCCUUUGACACUAGCAGGACUCACUGUGGAAUUGCCUCCAUAUGUGUGCAGAACUUUAGGAAAACUGUCAAGUAUGGUGGGAGGAAAAAUGUACCCGAUGCAGAGGAGAUCAAAGCAAUUACUGAUGGCCGUGUGUCGAAGAGACAGCAAUGUAUGUUGGCUGGUAUACUUCCUAUUGUUCUCAAUGUCAGACCAUGCACGCUGGCAGAAGAUGUCAUUGAGGAUGUGUGUUAUAGACUGGGCUUGGAAAACCCUCUGGAAGUGGAGGAAUACUCUUUGAUAUAUGUAUUGACGAAAGAAAACGAGUAUGUCCCAAUGAAAAGGAAUGAGUUUAUAUUCGACAUCACCACAGAAUUGAGUCGACAGAGGAAGAAGUACGUCUUUCUGUUCCAGCGAACAAGCUGGGUAUUCCCAAUCCACAUGGACAGCCAGUCUGAAAACUACAUUGAUAUUACGUACCACCAGACCUUGCCAGACUUUUUUGAUGGUUUUCCACUGGUUCUAAGAGGAGACCGGCUGAUGCCUGAACAAAUUGAGGAACUUGGUAGACUAGCUGCUUUACAUCACCGAGCUAAAGAUGCAGUGCAAUUACCAACACUGAAAGAUGUCCAAGAAUCCCUGCCUACCACUGUCCACCAGCGGUCUGAGAUGCGGCCCCAACAGUGGGUCAACCUUGUCCACACCAAGUCCAGGGAGGUUCAGCAUAUGAGACCAGCCGACGCCAAGUUGGCCUUCCUGGGGCACAUCUCAAGAUGGGCAUUGUUUGGAUCCACUUUCUUCUACAUCAAGAGUGUUACUGAUAACCGUGUGCCAGGAAGGUGUAUGUUGGCAGUCAAUAGGAAUGGAAUGCAGUUCCUUCAUGAAAAAACUCACGAAAUCCUGGUCACUUACCCCUUUGGUGAAAUCCUUUCCACCAGGCGUUGGUCUGAGAAUGGCACUUUCCUAGACAUGAAAGUGGGAACAUUAAUGCAACAGAAAAUUGUGCGAGUUGAGACUGACCAGGGUGGAGAAAUUUCCUUGCUGAUUGGUCAGUACAAACAGGUGUUGAAUGCUGCCGGGAGACCUUAAUGGUAAAAGUAAAAGACAAGAGAGGGCAGCACUGCUGCUUUGAUGGAUGGAUGAAUAGAGACAGUAUCUAACUAUUUUCCCUACCUUGGCAAACAAACAUGCACAUCAGUGAUAAGGAUUCAUAAGCAUUUCAAAAUACUGAAUUGCAUGAAAUUAGGAGCUAAUUAUGAAUAUUCCAAUUUGGAAAUGGUGUUUUGACGAUAUGAAGAGAGAAGAGGACUGUAUAUUUCAUUAUAAUUAAAUGUAUCAUUUAUAUGUUAACUAUGCACAGGACUAACUGCUGCAUCCCCAGCAUAAUAUCAUCAAUCAUAGUAAAAUGUGAUCAUUCAUUAUUCAACUAAACUGUGGCACAGUGUUCUAGUCUAUGCUAUAUAUACCGCAUGGCCUUAUUGUGUAUGAAUCUGUGCUAAACAUAACAGGCUGAGAUUCCCAAUAUAAUUAACAGGGAGGAGGUUCAGUUCCCAAUAUAUUUAUACAAAAAACCUAGUUUCCAGUCUUAGCGAAAGGGCAUGUGUGACUUCCAUUAAAUGCAUGGGAAGAUGGACAUAUAGCAGUAUAAGUGAUUUUCAUUGUGAGUGUGGACAUAUUUGAUUUCUAAUAUUAAAAGAAUGGGAAGAAAUGUCCUUUGAAAUGGUAUCAGUUGAAUAAUUACCAAGCACUAGGUUUUCUGUUUGUAAAUAAAAUGCAUGUUUAUAAGAUGCAAGCUUAAGUGAAUUGUAAUUUAAUUGUUUCAAGAGAAGCUACCAAGUCUUUCCAUUUGUGUAAAGUUAGCUAAAAACAAUUAUGGGUAUUUUAAAACAAAUUAAAAUGCUAGUUUUUUUGGGGCAUAGAACUUACAAACCAUUUUCUUAUUAAUUUAAUUGUAAUCCCCAGAGAUUGCUUCUAACACUAAGGGGUAUAGAAAGGAGCUUCUUUCUGGUGGCUUUAGUUUUCUAACAAGUUUAGAGUCAAGGUUUGAUAGUUAUCAUUAUAUAUGGACCAAUCAAUUCAAUACUGAAACUUGUCUCUUUGAAAAGCCACCCUAUGUUAUAGCAGUUCAAAAUUCAGGAGAAUAGCAGGGACUUCAUAGAAAUUCAUUUGGCAUGAUAAUACUCUUUGCAUUUUGUUCACAAGUACAAGUAUGUGAAAGUUCUCUGUUCUUUUAAGAAAGUGAGCUCACUUUCAAGGUAAUUAAUUAUUAGGAAUAGAAUUGCAAACUUGAAAUGGAAUUUACCAUCCAAAACCAAUUCCGCUAAUUUAAUUACAGGAAAUAACAGUAUUAAUAAUCCAUUUGCUUGAACUGUUCUCAAUUUUAUUUUACAGUUUUCAGUUUAAAAAACCGUUGUCUUAAGCAUUACCUCUUUGCUGCUACUAAGUUGCAUUUAUGUUGUCAUGCUUUGUAUUGAUCCUAAUAUGAUAGAACAAUCUAAUUUUUUGAUUAUUUUUACAUUUAGAGUUUCAGAGCAGUUUGGCUUUGGUAUAUAUUUAUCCCUUUUCCUUAUUGAACUGGUGAAAUAUUUGGAAUUUUUCUUUUUCCUUCAGAAAGACUUUAUACAUUCCCCUGAUUCUCUGUUAACUUAAGUUCCUGUUCAUUUUGUUGAUUUUUUCCAGAUGAUAUCUAUUUUAUGAAUAUUAGCAUUUUCAUAUUUUUGUUUGUUAAAUUUAG